AUGGGUCGCCUUCACUCCAAGGGCAAGGGCAUUUCGUCCUCCGCCAUCCCCUACUCCCGCGCCGCCCCUGCGUGGCUCAAGACCACCCCCGACCAGGUUGUCGACCACAUCUGCAAGCUGGCCAAGAAGGGUGCCACCCCCUCCCAGAUCGGUGUUGUCCUCCGUGACUCCCACGGUAUUGCCCAGGUCAAGAUUGUGACCGGAAACAAGAUCCUCCGUAUCCUCAAGUCCAGCGGCCUCGCCCCCGAGCUCCCCGAGGACCUUUACUUCCUGAUCAAGAAGGCCGUCGCUGUCCGCAAGCACCUCGAGCGCAACCGCAAGGACAAGGACUCCAAGUUCCGCCUGAUUCUGAUCGAGUCCCGCAUCCACCGUCUGUCCCGCUACUACAAGACCGUCGGUGUCCUCCCCCCACCUGGCGCUACGAGAGCGCCACCGCCUCCACCCUUGUCGCAUAAGCGAAGGCGUGGUUGUUUGUGGUUAUUGGAGAUGGGAUUGUGA